AUGUCUAAAUCGAAUACUGACAUCGAGAAACGGAUUUCUGAUGCCUUACACGCGUACUAUGAUCGUGGUGAGCCAAAAAUCGCGCCCCUGGCCCGGACAUUCGACGUUUCAUACCAGCGGUUGAGGGCGCGUGUUCUGGGCCGUCCAAGUCGUUCAGCGAAAAUUCCGUCAAAUGAAGCACUUGAUAAGGGCCAAGAGGAGGCUUCAAUUAAAGCCUGGAUGCGUGUCCUUGACCGUGCCAAUCUCUAA